AGAAGUGUACCGAACAUCUCUGAGUUUUCCUCCGCUCGUGACGGACUCUCCUCCCACUCCGAGGCUGUCAGGUUGAGCGCCGAGAAGACCGAUUACUCGGUGCAGAUGGGAGACUCCCGGCCUCCUGCCUUCGAUCAUCCCACGUUUCCUGUAACGUCUGGCACGAGCGUGAGAGGCCCGCAGAUGCACGGCGGGGCCACAACAACGGGGCCGACGGCCUUCGCACAGCCGCCUGUUGUCUCUGGACCUUAUGGACUGGCCCCAAACCCACAAAGAGGAGGCUUGGAGGGCUUUGACAACCCUAAUUACCCUGCCAAUCCUGCCCCCCCAUAUUCCCCACCAGCCCCUGGCUUUGUUGACAACUACAGUGGUGAUGUUUUCCACAACGAGGAGGCUCCUCCACCCUUUCCCGACAACGAAGACUUUGAUUUUGGAUUGGACAACAAGAGCAUACGAAGAGCCUUCAUACGAAAGGUUUACUUGGUGUUGACUGCUCAGCUGCUGGUGACGUUUGGGUUUGUGGCCGUUUUCACCUUCGUGGAGGAAGUCAAGAGAUUCGUCGCGAAGAACCUCUGGACGUACCUUUUGUCCUACGCUGUGUUUUUCGUGUCAGUCUGCGUCAUCGGCUGCUGCGGAAAUGUUCGUCGCAGACACCCCUGGAACCUGGUGGCUUUGUCCAUUCUGACUCUCAGCAUGUCCUACAUGGUGGGAGUGAUCGCCAGCUUCCAUGAUACCGAGUCAGUCAUCAUGGCAGUGGGAAUCACAGCAGUUGUGUGUUUCACGGUGGUCAUCUUCUCCAUGCAGACCAAAUACGACUUCACGUCUUGUUACGGCGUGCUGUUCGUUAGCUUGAUUGUCCUGUUCGUCUUCGGCAUCCUCUGCAUGAUCUUCCAGAACAUCAUUAUGCAGAUUGUGUAUGCUGGACUGGGAGCAUUACUCUUCACUUGUUUCCUGGCUGUGGACACACAGAUGCUGCUCGGCAACAAGGAGCUGGCUCUGAGUCCAGAGGAGUACGUGUUCGCAGCUCUGAACCUCUACACGGACAUCAUUAACAUCUUCCUCUACAUCCUGGCCAUCAUCGGCCGAGCGAGAGGCUGAGUGGCGAGACCGGCGUUUCAUUUCUGUUUGUUUCUGAUUCGCUUCGUUUGCUGUUUUCAUCUUCAAAUGAUUCAAGGUUGCUUUUGCCUCAUCUCAUGUAAGCUUUUAUUUUGAAAUGAUGCCAUUAGUAGCUGCUUUAGGUUGUGAUUUUGUUCAACCUCUUGUAAUAAGAAUAUAUUUUGGUAACUGAAGUUAUAUCUUAUGCUGUACAAAGAAACUGAAGAGAACUUAAAAUCUGUGCCAGUGUUUGGUACACUUGCCCCCUUUUUUCUGAGCCUUUUAGUUCAAUAGGUCAGUUUUGUGUGAUGUGCAUGGAUGUUGACAUGCACACUGCACAUGUGAGAUCCGUCUGAGGUGACUUCUGCUGUGGUUAUAGACUGCUUGAUUGAGACGAGACAACUCUGGAAAAUCAAAUUGUAAAGUGAGCCUGGGACUGAUUUAUACAUUCUAUAUUUAAAUAUUUUAGGGACGCACGAUAUCGGCAUGGUGUCGGUCGAUGUUAGUGAUAAAGUUAAAAAUCGGAUAUUCCAUCAAAAUAAC